ACGAACAAUCGGUGCACCGUUGAGAGCGGUCUGGUGAACAUGAUCAAAACCCUGGACAGCGAGAUGAAGCAAAACAGCCACAUCUUGGCCACGCCUUCCGCCAAGCAGCUGGAUGCGAUGCAAAGCGAAGUCGAAACGCUCCGGCAAGAGGUGUCCAACAAGGAUCGUGUCCUGGAAGACUUGCGGGAAGCGGUCAACCAAAACCUGCGCCGCUUCAAUGUGCCGCGCGAAGGGUUUGACUCGCUCGAAACACUCAUCGGAAAACUGCUCCAGAAGCUGAGCGAUCGUAACCGGUACUGGGCAAGCCAAGCAACCGGUGCCUGGGCGGACACAGUGGCCAAGCAGACCGAAAUGGAGGAGCUGAAACGGUUGAUCGACAGCAAGGCUGUCGAGAACGUGAACAAGAGGGCUCAGCUGGAGAAGCUGAAGAAGAGCAUACAGGACAAAAAGAAAGACUGUCAAAAGCUGGAGAGUAGCAUCCAAAGAAAUGCACAUGCUCAGCGCAACCACAAGUAGGGCGCCAGAAACACUCCAAAUUGGGUAUCGAUUUUAAGCUUUUUGGUUUUGAACUUCGAAAUGAAAUCGCAACUGAAUCGUAAUAAAAGUGAACGAACAACAAGUGA